CGGCAGGGCAAGAUGGCCGAUGCGGCGGCCACUGCCGGGGCUGCGGGCUCCGGAACGAGAUCAGGAAGUAAACAGUCCACUAACCCUGCUGAUAACUACCAUCUGGCCCGGAGGCGAACCCUGCAAGUGGUUGUGAGCUCCCUGCUGACAGAGGCAGGGUUUGAGAGUGCUGAGAAAGCAUCUGUGGAAACACUGACAGAGAUGCUGCAGAGCUACAUUUCAGAAAUUGGAAGGAGUGCCAAGUCUUACUGUGAGCACACAGCCAGGACCCAGCCCACACUGUCAGAUAUUGUGGUCACCCUUGUCGAGAUGGGUUUCAAUGUGGACACUCUCCCUGCAUAUGCAAAACGGUCUCAGAGGAUGGUCAUCACCGCCCCUCCGGUGACCAAUCAGCCAGUGACCCCCAAGGCCCUCACUGCAGGACAGAACCGACCCCACCCGCCACACAUCCCCAGCCAUUUCCCUGAGUUUCCCGACCCCCACACCUACAUCAAAACGCCGACGUACCGCGAGCCCGUGUCAGACUACCAGGUCCUGCGGGAGAAGGCUGCGUCCCAGAGACGCGACGUGGAGCGGGCGCUCACCCGUUUCAUGGCCAAGACAGGCGAGACCCAGAGUCUUUUCAAAGAUGACGUCAGCACGUUUCCAUUGAUCGCUGCCAGGCCUUUCACCAUCCCCUACCUGACGGCUCUUCUUCCGUCCGAGCUGGAGAUGCAGCAGAUGGAGGAGACGGAUUCCUCGGAGCAGGACGAGCAGACGGACACAGAGAACCUCCCUCUUCACAUCAGCCCGAAUUAGGGCUGGCAGCCCAUGGCUUUACGUAAAGCAGAGGAGCUUGUUAUCCUACGCUUCUGUUUUGGACUCUGUUAAGUCGGUCUGAGAUAUGGUGAUUGGGUCAUGGACUAAGAUGAGGUUCACCUUAUGAGAAGGAGGAAUCUUCUAAACAGACAUCACAAUCCCUUUGUAAGUAAGCUCAAGGGCUUGCAGUUGAGUUACCUAACACUCUGGGGAGUGACAUAGGUGAGGCCAUGGCGGUGAGUGCAGCAAGGCGGACUGGAUGCCAGGAGCUGCCUGAGGACUCCGGGAUCCCUGGAGGCCAAGCCAGACAGCAAAGAGUGAAAAGACCUGAGCCUUGAGAGUCAGACUGGCCUGGCUGCCAAUCCAGACCGGGCUGCUUUCCCGCCAAGUGACGUUGGUUGCCUGACCCAGUAUCUGAGUCUGUUUCCUCACAAAUGGGAACACCUACUUCCAGGGGAAGUGAGGAGCCUGAGAUAAAAUCAACUCAUCUACGUUGGGUGCUUGGCAUACGGCAGCCCAUGGCACCCCUGCCCACCCCCUCCCCGCCCCUAUUGUAUGGCCAUGUGCUCUUCUGUACAGAAUAGAGAAAUAAAAAAACUUCAAGAGAAGGAUUCCAGCAACAAUUUAUGGACAGUCAAUUGGGCUUGUUAUUUUGUUGGACUGGCCACAAUCACACAUUUGAAAUCCGGAAUGUACAAAAAGAUGUGUGGUGACCGUCUUUCACUCUCCCUUUCCUGCCUACAGAGCAGCCAGUGUCCCCACUCUCUUGUGAAUCCUUCUAGAGACUUUGUUUGAAUUUAUUUUUUGGCCACACCGUGCAGCAUGUGGGAACUUAGUUCUCCGAACAGGGAGCAAACUUGUACUCCCUGCAUUGGAAAUGUGGAAUCUUAACCAUUGGACUGCCGGGGAAGUCCUUAGAGAUGCUUUUUUAAUUGUUGUUUUGAACGUACACAGCAAAUCACAGUUUUUACCCCUUGCUUCCUUCCCUUGUGGAGCUACUUGGCGGUCAUUCCACAUCCUUGUGUGCAGAGCUGUUCGCCCCUCCCCACAGUGCCCCCCUCGUGUGGACUUUACAAGCCAGUCCCCUGUGGACUCAGAUUGUUUCCUGUCUUUCGUGUUUACAGACGUUGUUAACAGUGAGUUCACUAACUGGUGUGUUAAAGUGUUCUUUUAUCUCUGGAGGACGAAGCUGUCACGGACUGUUGCUAGGUAGUUAACUUUGUUGAGCUUGGUUCUGGUUUCUCUGUCCACGAACAUGAAGGGGCUAUUCAUUUUAAAUUGGUGUGUCAGAUGAUUAUUUUCUCUUAUAUUUGAGCCAGCUGCCAUCUGCAGGCAAUCCCGGUGCCUCACCCUUUACUCUUUUCUGAACAAUGUACCAUUCACUAAUUCAACAAGUAUUUAUUUAAUACCUGGUAGGUGCCAGACAUUGUUCUGGGUGCUGGGGGCACAUCAGUGACCAGCACAAAGACGACAGCUGCCUCUUGGCAGCCCGUGUGUUGGCAGUGGGGGCUUGACCAUGAAGCAUAGUAUAUAAAUCCGUCACUGUAUAGUAUGUUAAAGAUGAAAAGUGCUCUGGGUGGAGGUGGGGGGCCCUGAGUAGGGAAAGAUCCAGGGUAAAACGGGGAGGUUUCAGUUUUAAAUAGGGUGCUCAGGGUCCACAUCACAGGGAAGGUGACAUCCGAGCCGUCCUGAAGGAGAUGAAGGAUUGAGCCUUGGGCUCUCUGGGGCAGUGUCCUGGAAAGGGAGCAGUAGGGAGGCGAGUGGGGCUGUGACUGAGGAAGGUGGGAUGGGCGUGGGGGAGAGGGAGAGGUCAGGUCAGGAAGGGCCUUAUGAGCAGUUUGAAGAGCUGUCUUCCCAUGGGGUGAAGUGGGAGUCAUGAGAGGAUGUGGGGAGGAGGAGGGGCAGGUCUGAGCUUCUCCAGGGGCACUGGCCGAGCUGGUGACCACAGGGCCGGCAGAGGAUGGACUGUGACGGGAUGGCCAUUAGGAGGCGGCUGUCCAUCCAGGUGGGAGACAGCAAGGGGUCCUACCAGGGGGUUCCACUAGAGAUAACAGAAGUAGAUUCUGCCUGUAUUCUGAAAGUAAGGCCAAGAAGUUUUCCUAACAGAUUGGCUGGGGGACAUAUCAGAGAAAGAAAAAAGGCAGGCGUGACUGCGGAUUUUGGGGCUUGGACCAAUGGGAGGAUGGAGUUGCCGUCACCAAUGUCAGUGGGAGGAGCUGUUUGUGCUUGGGGUUCAGUUUCAGGCACAUUGAAUUUGAGAUGCCCAGAGAUGGCAGGUGGUCGAGUGACAGCAGCCGUGCAGGAGAGGUGACAAUCGGGAAGGUUCAAGUGGGAGAUGUUGCUGUGGAAAUGGUGUUGGAACCUGUGAGGCUGGAGGCAGCACACUUGGGUGCCCGGGGUUCACACACAGCAUACGCGUUGCCUGAGUCUGGCUUUUCUGGACCCAAGUCAUUCCUGACACACCUUUUUACUCCCACCUCUUCUUUACAAAUCUGUCAGUUUAGUACUUCUUCCAUCUACUCCUCCUAUUGCUAAUGACAGCAUCCUCUGCUCUGCUGUCUUCUGACAGCGCCACCGCCUGCUUGAGGUCAGAUCCUCUUUUGCCUCAAGUUGCACAACAGCUGACCUGGUGGCUCAAAUGGUAAAAAAUCUGUCUGCAAUGCCGGAGACCCCGGUUUCAUCUCUGGAUCAGACAGAUCCCUUAGAGAAGGAAACAGCAACCCACUCCAGUAUUCUUGGCUGGAGAAUCCCAUGGACGGAGGAGCCUGGCAGGCUACAGUCCAUGGGGUCGCAGAGUUGGACACAACUGAGCGACUAAAACACAUUAAAAGUACAGAACAGGAACCUCAGUGAUGGAGCCUUCAGCCUGUCACCAGGGUUGCAGCCCAGCCAGCAACUUCUGGUCACUUACUGCCACCUGGGCCUGAGCCCUUCGUGUGAUUCCCCCUAACACCUCUCCUGCAGCUUCUGCUCAUUUUAAAGAACUUGGAAAAUAGAAGAGAGUGUAAAAAAGAAAAGGAAAAUCAGUCACCCAUAUUUCCAGAAGCAGUUUGUAAAACUUCAGUAUCACUAAUGUUUUCUAUGUCUAUAUCCAAUUGUGAUUUUUAAAAAAAUCUUCAAGAUCAUAUUGACUAUAUCAAACUUAGAAACUUUUCUCCAAAAAUCACUUUUCUCAGAAAAUGAACAGUGAGAGGCCUGAUCCACGGGCCACUCGUGGGGGUGGUGGAUGACGUUCCCGUGUUGGUGCCUUCGUGGGAGCUCUCGGGGCUCCAGCAGUUUCUGGCCUCUGCCGGGAUAUGACCAUUGGCACCAUGUUGCAAGUACCAGAUGCUUAAGAAUUUGUGGGAAAGUAGAUUAUGAUUUACGUGAGAUUAGCUCCAGGAGGAGCUCUGUGCACACCAUCUGUUCUGGUCCUGUCCCUCUCAGUCCUGCAGGGGAUUGAGGGCCUCUUCUCUCUCUCUCUUUAAGUUUUAAAAAGUAUUAUUUAUUUAUUUGAUUGCGCUGGGCUUCUUUGUGACACUCCGAAUCUCUGACCUUUGUUGUGGCAUGUGGAUUCUAGUUCCCUGACCAGGGAUUGAACCUGAGCCCCUGCCUUGGGAGCAAGAAGUCUUAGCCACCAGGCCACCAGGGAAGUCCCACUUCUCUUUUACUUCAUCUCCCCACGGGCUGAAGCAUGCCUCCCUGAAGCAUCUGACUUGUGGUCCCUGACUCCCUGCCCUCCAGGUCUCUGUUCCCUUCCGACUCCUGUCCCUGCCUUCUCAGGGUCUUGUGUUCUGUGCUCCACUGUGUCACCGCUGGUGCUCCCGCCUUCCUCUGAUCGCAGCCGCUGCCUGGCCUCCUCUGGGGCAGAGAGAGGCACAUUAGCCCGGCUUCUGAUUUCUCAAUGAGAGGCGUACUUGUAGUAGUUCUUAACCACAGGCAUGAUCUCUUUCCUCACGCUGCUGGUUGUUUUGCUUUAUUUCGGCUUUUGC